AUGGAUAAAGUAUGUCAAUAUUGUCAGGCGUUGAAAUUUCGAAAUGAAGCUGCCGGUAUGUGCUGCGCAGCAGGACAAGUCGUGCUGCCACCUCUACCCGCUCCGCCAGAACCUUUAUUAUCCCUUCUUGCUGGGAAUUCAGAUGAUUCAAAAUUAUUUUUGCGUAAGAUACGCAAAUUUAAUUCUUGCUUCCAAAUGACGUCAUUUGGGGCAACUAAAAUUUGCGAUCUUGCAUCCGAUGGACGUAAUUUUGAAACUACAUUCAAAAUACAAGGCCAGGUGUACCACAAAAUUGGAUCAUUGAUGCCAAUGCCUGAUGAUAAUCCGAAAUUUCUUCAAAUUUAUUUUAUGGGCAAUUGUGAAGAGCGCGUAACUACUCGGUGUCAGUAUAAUUUCAUUGAACAAGCAGAGGAAAGAGCAAUUGUGAUAUUACUGGAAAAUUUUUUAGAAGAUCAGAAUCAACUACUUCAAUUAAUCAAAAGAGUUUCGCCACGAUUGCAAAAUGACAACUAUCAAAUCGUCAUAAAAGCCGAUAAAGUACCAUUAGGUGAACAUGCUGGUAGAUUCAACGCUCCAACUGUUGAUGAGGUUGCUGUUAUCAUGGUUGGUGAUCCAGUUGACAAAAGAUCUAUAAAAAUUACACGGCAAGACAACACUAUCAGUACGAUUUCGGAUCUACACCGUUCAUAUGAUGCACUACAAUAUCCAUUGAUAUUUUGGCAAGGACAGGAUGAAUAUCACCUUAACAUCAAACAGUGUGAUCCUAAUACCGGUGAUUAUGGAAAUAAAAAAGUUGAAAGCGAACGCUUGCGAUUCAUUCGAUUCAACCAGGCUAAAUUACGAUCGGAAGAAUAUAUUCACUUACGAGAUGCUGUUGCUGGAAACAUCGACGGAAAUUUAAAUCCUAAUGACAUCGGUAAUGCUUUCAUUUUACCUUCAAGCUACAUCGGCAGUCUACGGAACAUGCAGGAAUACAUACAAGACGCGAUGACUUACGUACGUUAUUACGGCCGACCGGAUUUGUUUAUUACAUUUAAAUGUAAUCCGAAUUGGGAAGAGAUACAAACUUUAUUAUUAUCAGGACAACAAGCAAUUCAUCGUCAUGAUAUAACUGCACACUGGCAAAAGCGAGGUUUGCCUCAUGCCCACAUUUUGAUUUGGCUUGAAGAUAAAAUCCGUCCAGAAGAAAUUGAUCAAAUAAUUUCAGCCGAAAUUCCAGACCCAUUAAUUGAUCCAGAAUUAUUUGAUGUUGUCACUAAACACAUGAUCCAUGGGCCAUGCGGUGCUUUUAACAUCACGUCACCAUGCAUGGAAAAUGGAAAAUGUAAGAAAAAUUUCCCAAAGCCGCAUACGAAUGACACUAUCACGGAUGUUGAUGGUUAUCCUAUAUAUCGCUGCAGAAAUACUGAGAAUGGUGGCCACACAUUUACAAUGCGACUGCCGAAUUAUCCAAAUCAAGCAGAAUUUGAUAAUCAGUGGGUGGUACCAUAUUCACCAUUACUUUCAAAAACUUAUAAAGCUCAUAUCAACGUUGAGCUUUGCAGUUCUGUAAAAUCAAUUAAGUACAUUUAA